AUGAGCACCGGGAGGCGCCGUCCUCCGCCGGACCCAGUUGCCGUUCUGAGGGGCCACCGCGCCUCCGUGAUGGAUGCCUGCUUCCAUCACUCGAGGCCUCUUCUCUUCACCGGGUAGCGAUGUCCUUCCCUCUGUCCACAAGCCUCGCGACGACACUCUUCUUGUAUCCAUCGAGGUUUUGAUACGUCGAAGUGUGCGUGCCAGAAGUGAUACCUAUUGGGAAUUUUUCAUAUUUGACUGCAGUGCUGCGGAUGGUGAACUGCGGCUGUGGGACGCCAUCCAACACCGUGCUCUGUCGUCCACUUGGUACGUUCCAGUCUUUGGAUUUUUGGCGCCCUUCUGCUACUCUUACGGGUGACGGGACAUUUUUUUUGUUUAUUGGAUUGUGGAGAAGUUCAGGGCGCAUGCUGGAGUGUCUGGGGUGUAUUCUGUUGCAACAGGUCCCUCCAUAGGAGACAGAGUUCUAAGGUGCGAUCUUGAAAAUUACCCUCGUCUAUGUUGCAAUUUAUUUCCUGCGUAUGAGGUUACUAGAAGCGAAAUUCGCGCGGUCUUGGUUGAUUCAGAUUGUACUUCUCUAAUAAUGGUUUCGUGACUGCGAAAUUUCUGCUGAACCUGGAUGAUUCUGAUGCUUUUGUUAUUUGAUGCAGCCAGGGUAGAGAUGGUACCUGCAAGUGCUGGGACAUAGAAGGAGGAGGCCUCUCUAGGUACCUAUUUCGUUUUUUUAUUCCAUGUAUGGUUUUUGGUGCUGCCAUCAAAUUUAAAUAGCUUCUAAUCAUAACAGUAGAAGAUCAUAUUUGGAUGACUCUAAGCUCUUGACUGGUUUGUGUUCUACACUCCCUUGCUAGACUUUUUCUACGCUCUUGACUGGUUUGAUGAUUGCUUAACGGUUGAGGUUGGUGUUAUUAUUAAGUGGUUAAAAGUAACUCCUGUCAUACCCUCUCUUGAUGAUGGCUAUUUUGCGUAGGAACUUGGACCAAAUUCAUGAUGUUGAUCUCAUGACCUGCAUCUGCUGAGGAAUGCUUUUCUAGAAUAUAUGAGAGAGAAUGUGUGUGUGUGUGUGUGAGAGAGAGAGAGAGAGAGAGAGAGAGAGCGAGAGAGAGAGAGUUUAUACUUUUAUACUAUAGAACAUUCAUAAUUCCUCUCUUUGUAGUAUUUUUUCCUUGGCUUUCUAAAGAUCUAAUUUUUUAUUUGAUAUCUAAUUGUCAUUCUUCGUUUAUUCUUUUUUUUUUUGAAUAUCAUAUGCAGUGCAAUAUUGUGAAUUUUCGUUAUGUUUACUAUUUUAAUCUGACAGUGGGAAAACCACCUUCUAAGGUUUUGACGAUUUUUCUUGACAGGAAACCAUUGAUUGCGUUCAGGACAAACUCCUAUCACUUUUGUAAGUUUUCUCUGGCAAAGUCCCCUGCCAAAGAAACUGUACAUACGCUCUUGCCGGAUUCAUCCAGCCAUGGGUCAGAUUCCUCAGUCAUUGAAAACAAGGGAAGCUAUGAACCAGAGGUACGGGAUGCUGAAGGAGGGUUUGAUACAGUAAAGCCUUCCAUAAAUAACGAAGGUUCGUGGAGUUGCAAUUUCAUGCUUUAAGGGUCACUAAAUCACAAGCUCUGGUCACUCUGAAUCAGAAUGGCCAUCUGUGUCCUUCGGCAUCUUCAUUAGGAACUAUCGUGAAAUCAGCUUGCAGAUAAUUCGUUUUGGUAGAUCGCUAGAUAUCCGCAUGAUUUCUGGGUCUAUAUUUUAGGGUAAUCCAGUUUUUAGGUUAUAACUAUUUAUCCCUCUCAAUCAUACGAGCCUUAUGUAAUUUCUUUCCUUACAGGACUUUUCUGGUUUUGUGUGUAAUUCUAGGCUUGACUUACCAUUUCCUGGUACUUGGAACUGGAACUGUCAUGCAUUUGUAGAACGAGUCGAACAUCUGAACAUAGUUUUUUUCUAUUUACUCAGGCUCUGAUGGGAAAGAGGUGAAGCUGUUGGCUCUAGCAGGGGAAGACUCUUCCAAGGUGACCAUAUAGCGGUUAUAGUUUCUGUUUGAUACCAAAAUAUGUCUCAAUCCAUCGAGUAAACGUUAGCAUACGUAGGUCGAGAUUUGGGAUCUCCAUAAUGCAGAAAGAGUCGCAUGUUUCCCUCAGGAAAAUAACCAAGUUCCUGUAGGAGGCUCUACGAGAUCUAGAGGUACGUUUAUCUUGAUCAUUCUGAAAAGUUUCGUCUGCUGAUUUUUUUACAAUAUCUAGGUUGAUUCAAUGAUGUACAUCUCGUAUUUUCUAUUUAUGUCUAUCGAUUUUUAUCUGAGAGAAUGAACAGAGACCGAGGUUUUGGUGUAAUAGAAAAAAUAUUUGGGACAUUACUUGUUCAUUUCUAUCAAUCGUUCCCUCUGUAGAACAGUAAGAAGUGUAAUGCCCUUGCUCUGCCACCAAAUACCAAGGGCAUCAAGAAAUCUCAAUUUUGGACUAUUAUUUGUACUUGGUUUAUAAUGCCAAAUAGAUGUUGCUUGCUUCGGUAUGCAUUCCUUUACCUUAAAAAAAUUCCUGUCUUGAUUUCUCUUUGGCUUCUGUACCGAGGUUUAAAAAAUUGUAUCUUGGAGGUAGAACUGUACCAAACCAGUAUGGCUUCAGUUCUGUUCUUGAUCGUGGCUUUAUAAUUCAUUCCAACGCCUCCUACCAUGGAGGAGGACGAGAUAGAAGACAUAUAACUAGUGGCAAUUUUGACCUCCAUUUUCUUUUUCCCCCGCUCUUUUUCCCCUUUGGGCUUUCAGUUUACUUGACUAUUAUUGGUGUGUUCUGAAGCUGAAAUCCAGUGAGCCAAGACUUUCCCCAACCUAUUCUCAAAAUAGACCGUUUUAGAAACUUUUUUGUACAAAUUUCUGGUGCAUUUAUGUAUCACUUUCUUCGUGUCUGUUCUCCAUUUUGUACUGUUAUUCAAGCCCUUCGUCAUAUGCAAAUGGUUUAUAUUAUGCUUUCUUGCAUUUUGCAGGGAUGUGUAUGGCCAUUCAAGCAUUUUUCCCCAGCAAGUCAACAGAAGUUUUGAAUAUUUUAGCCGGGUGGGUUUUCUCACUUCAUACUAUAUUAUAUUUUUAUUUCUUAGUUAUCCAACUAGAGGUCUACAUUUCUUGUGCAUUAAGUAAAAUUUUGGUUUUCUUUUAUCUCUAGACAAUGAUUUUAAUGGAUGGAAAAUGCGUUACAUAUUCUUCAAUAGGAUGCUUUCCCAUCUUUGUGUCGUCUUUACUAUGGACGCUAGAAGAAUUGGACGAAAGGUCCAAUUUAAUGUUGGUAAUAUCAGAAUCAGGAAGAUGCUAUUUUAAGCAAAGAUGUGAGAUCUACAUUGGUGGCUUGACCCUCAGGAAGUUGAAUCAACUUGUACUAUGUCGAAAGUCGUUUUAUCCAACUUGAUCGAUAGGAAAAAGGAAACAAUCUAACAUUUAAUGUUUUCGGUAUUGACAGCUCAAUAUAGCAUCACAUAAUAUGAUUAAAUGCCUGAAAAUGAGUUCACAGCACGAAUGUUUGCAUAGAGAGGAGGGAUAUGAAAAAGGUGGUGGGAGGAAAGUGGAAAGAGAAAAAUGAGAAAGAGGGGGGAUUAGGGAAAAUGUAGGUUUGAAGCGACAAUGCCAAUUAUGGAGUAGGAAGAAGGAAACUUCAAAUUGACAAUGUUAAUAUUGUCACUAAACUUCGAAGUGACCAUGUCAAUUAUGGUAGUUGUGACUGCAGAAGCAACCGAAGUUUAAGUUCUGUAAUUUGUUGUGGACUUAGGGGUCAGGCAUUGUGGCUGCUCUUUCUUUUCAAUGUCCUUUCUUUUUUUUUUCGUAUUUCAAACUUUGAAAUUUACUUUAAAUCUCCAUAAAAGAUGGGAAUAGGUAGAGGUGAACUGUAUAAAUUCUUAUUUUUUAGCAUCGUCACUAGAAUUUGGCUAGUGUAUAUUCACAACAAUCCCCCUGCCCCUGGGUCUUCCUUCCAAAACACACGUACACUGAAACAAACCUGCUAAACAAGGAAAUAAGCAAAAAACAAAGAAACAUAUCACUGUUAUCUUACCUUUGAUAUAGGAGGUGGCCAUUCCAUGAUUUGAUUGACCAACUUUUACAAGUACAUUAUUUCAACAACAGUCUUUUUUUUGAGACAGGUAGGACAUUGUGUCGAUAGAACUGUCAAGCAGGAAGAAUCAUCUGCACGCCAUUUUAAAAAAUCGUGAGCUGAUAAAUGAUUGAUCUACACACUGAGGCCUGUGUAUGUCUGAGCGAGUCUACAAUUAGAUCAUAUGAUUGUUGGUUGUGAAUUUCCAAAUUCUAAUCUAGCCAAUUACUUCCUAUUGCUGGCUCCCGGAUGUGGGGUGCAGGCUGUAAUGGAUAUUUUAUCAUAUUCACCUCAUUUAGCGUUAAGACAAAUGUUCUAUCUGUGUAAUGUGUCUAUUCUUUUAUUUUUCGUAUGAUGCUACUUUGCCAUUAAAUUGUCAUAGGUUCACCAAGGUAGUGUUGCAGGUAUGAAGAUGGAAGCAUGCUUUGGUGGGAUAUGCGCAAUCCAUGUGUUCCACUCACUUCUGUAAAAUUUCAUGCAGAGGCAGGUGUAUGUUAUGACUCUUCUCACACAUGGCUGUAUCUUACUGCUUUCAUUGGCGUUUGCUAAUUGGUGUAAACAAAGCUAGUGAGUCACUACCAUCCUAUGAAUCAGUUUUACAAAAUUAAUUUUCUUGGUGCAGUGCUGAGCAUCACACUUGAUGCGGCAUGUGAUGGGGGCAUCUCUGGAUCUGCAGACAACAAAAUUGUUCUUUUUACUCUAGAUCAUCUUACGGUAUGGUUGAAGAGUAAUACCAGCAGCCAAUUGAUCUAUUGAAACACUAGUACAUAAAAUCAUACUUUAUACCGAAAAUGAAGAUCUGUAUCGUCUUUGAUGUAUUUUUGCUGCUCUUUAACAUUUUAAAUGACUGUUUUAUGGGCAAGGACAAUACUAGGCCUGGGAUUAUGCAGCCAAGGCUCGGUACAUAUUGUGAUGACGACCAGUUUUAAUUGUUUACGGAUCAGAACGGCCUCUAUUUUCUAUUUCUUAUAUCUAUUAUAGAUAGGUAGGUGUAUCUAGGUCAAACCACAUGGUCAAAAAUGUAAUAUGAAAGGUGAUCAGUUGGAUCUUGGAAGAACUUUUGUGGGAAAAAGAAGACUGUAAGAGAACUGGAGAAGAGCUUUAGUAUCACUUCUUUGCUUCAGGAUUAUACAAACGAUGACCCUUGCUAUUCGUUGGUUGGAAAGAUACCUGAUUGACUGGGGAGUUUCGGCUGUAGAAAAGAUGUCAAAAGAGCAACAGAAAGAGGGAAAAAUAUUCAAAUUAUGAAAUGAAGAGAAAGUGGAAUUGUAUGACCAUCUAAGAAGCACAAAUCCUAAUGUCUUAAAUUGUCUUUAUCCUCUCUGUUAAGAUAUCUAUUUCUUUUUAAUUCCUCAGAAAUAUCACCCACUUGCUUUCUGCUUCUGGCAUACACUGCAUUUAUUUUUAUCUCCGCACUUGAUCUGUUCUUUAGUCAUCCUAACUGGCUUUUCUUCUUUCUUGUAGGGCUCCUGUCGCAUUACAGAAGAAAUUCCGUUAGAUAGACCUGGAAUAGCUGGGGCUGCGAUUCGUCAAGAUAAUAAGAUUGCGGCAACUGCUGGAUGGGAUCAUAGGUACAUCAUCUUGCUAGUGCUUUCACUCACAUACGUUAUUUACAAAAAAAAAAAUUCUUUUCCUGGCUCGUCUAGGCCUGAUGAAAGGACACAAAGAUUUGGAAUAUUUUCCACAGAUCAUCAACCAAUGAAGAUUGUGUUUGAUUUCAUGACGCUGACAGCUUGCCUGUUGAACUUGAAUAAAUUAAUUUAUCCAGAGUGCGGAUUUAUAAUUAUCGCAAUGGAAAUGCUCUUGCAAUAUUGAAGUAUCAUAAUGCUACGGUAAGUUGCUCUAAUUUUUCAUCUAAUUUGAAUCUGAUUGCAUUUUCUGUAUUUUUUUCUUUAUUUUUUUAUUUUAUUGUAAAGCUAUUCUACCCUUCUAAAUGUUGAUUCAAGCCAUGAUGUGUUUGUGCCCUGUGGUUAGAGUCCAUUUAAGCCUAUAAGAAUCAAACAUGCAUUCGAUAAGUUUUGAUUUAAAUGUAUACAAUUAUGUAUACAAUAUUUCCAUCUUUAAGCAACAUAAAUUUAUAUAGCUAUCAAACUAUCCUGAGGUUUUUAUUUAUUAUAUUAAUGAAAAUUGGAAUGGAAGUUCAUCACCUUAUCAAUAAAAGGGGACUUGAACGAGUGCAGUUACCCAAUGCGAAACUCUAAAAGCCUUCAGCUAACUAUCCACCCAUCCGAGCCUAUGUGGUCCAGUAAGCUAUGAUUCCACUCCAGUCACAUGAUCACUAUGCUCUUCUUUUUGGCCUUCCUUUCGGCCACGCCCAAUGGAUCAUCCACUAAACCUUGUAACAACCAAAUACUUACCGCAUCUAAUGCUACCCGUAUUCCCCAUCUGUGAAAUCUCUUUCAUCUCUCCAUGCACUGUUGUAAACAAGUGAGUAACGCAGAAAAGGGUACGAUAAAACAUGCGAUGUCUGGACUAUACAGAAAAUAAUUGAGGUUUCCUGAUUUCUAUCGUAAGAAGAUCACAAAAUGAGAAAUGACGCAGCAUUAGACGCUUAGGUGGAACUGUAAUGCUCUUCAUCACGCCAUCUGCAGCCACUAGGCUAUUGGACUGGCUGACAACCAUCUUUCUGAGUUUAAUGUCAGCUAACAAAUUAUUGCUUCCCAAGGGCAAUCUAGAUUGGCUGCUUGGGGUCUUUGUGGGCAUUGGAUUGCUUUCGACUUUGCAGGCGGGCACUUGAAUCUUCUCUCCCCAAUUGAUUAGGAAAGCCGUUCCUUUUUUUAUAUACUCAGGAUAGAUGAAUCUGCAUUUUUAUUAGUUUCAAUUCUAUCUCAUUCAUCAUCAUCCUGGGCUUAAAACCCCAUCUCAUAGGGAGGAACCCGUUUCUGAACAAAGGGAAGGGUCAAGUACAGAGAGAAGUACCCAGAGAAAAUCCAACUUGGGAUUAAUUUUCUUAUCAAAAACGAAUGGCUCCUGUUUCUCAUCUUGAUUUCUUCAUGCGAGCUUCAUGUUGUCCUAACAUAGCGACAACUUCACCUGUAAUCCCUCUGGUUCCGGAAUACAUGGGAAAAAGGGAAAGCCCACUGAUGAUCUUGUUGAUCCUUCUGCAGUGCAAUGCGGUGUCGUUCUCAGCCGACUGCAAGCUAAUGGCAUCCUCCUCCGAGGACACAACGGUGGCCUUGUGGGAGCUCUACCCUCCUCGAACUCCAAACUGA